AUGAGCAGUCCGACCGCCGUGCCCACUGCUGAUGACUGCCGCCGGGCUGCGAGGAAGCUGGGGGAUCUCUUUGCCCAGCUGCCUUUGGCUCAGGACGGCCAGUGGCAAGAGAUCGAAGUAACCGCGCGCAACCUCGCGAACGGCCUCAGAGUCAAGGGCGGACCCGUGGACAGUCAUACGGCUCUGGGCAAGACCCUACUACCGCAAACCCUCACAUCCCUGCUCAAAAGCGCGAUCGGCGAGUCCACACCAGACCCAAGCCGCACAGCUGCCGUGUACGAGAUUCUGCGGGUUGGCGCAAAUUUAUGUAUGGACCAUGAUGACAAUAGAGGCUUCCUAUUAGAGGCAGGAUUCCCUCAGACCGUGGUUUCUUUGUUAGAAGGUUAUACAGAGUCGAUACCCUCAAGCAGACACCGAGCCGACCCAGCACCUCUGAGUAUCCCCGACUUGAAGCUAAUCAAGACAGCAAUUGGAGUACUGUUGAACUGUAGUAUCGAUUAUGAACCGGUCAAGUCGCGUCUGAUAUCGCUAGAAGCCGCAAUAACAAUAUUACGGCUAUCGGCGGCUAUAUACCCGCCAGGAUCAUGGAUGGCCUCGCAGCCAAGUGCGGACUCGUCAGACCAGGAAUUCCUGGAGUCCUGGAACCUGCGGAGUGGCUUGUCCAGUUGGGCGUGGCGAGCAAUCUCGGAAUUAAGAGAAGAUAAUAUACAGACAUUCAAUCCGGAUGUCUUGCCGCUCAUUGUGAGCCCGCUUCUCACUUUCGUGCCUCCACAUGGAUCGCCCAGCGGUGCCCUCGCCAUGCCAGAGGCCUCUUCUACCAGACGAGCACUAUUGCAAGCCGAUUUUGAGUCGCUGGAGGAAGUGUCAUCCUUGAUAGAAGCGCUUGCUCUAGAUGUCGAGGAUAUCCGCCUUGCCUUUGCACGGAGCAUGAACCUAGACAGCACGCCCGACAGUUUAUCAAGUCUAGGCGUCCUCUUAGAUUUCAUCGAGCGAGGGGACUAUCCGUCGGCAUGGGCUUCUGACUUCUCGGAAGAGGAGCGCUUCAAGAAGGCGCGCGCCUUUGACAUGUUCAAGUCUGCUUUGAUCAAGGCCGUUGUGGAGGUAGCGGGGGACGAGAAGAAUGAGGAUGUCCUGUGGGAGAAAGGAGCGGGUGAUGACUCGUUCGUCGGCAGGAUGGUGUCGUGGAUUAGGAAGCAUAAGGACUUGCGGACAUCAGACGCGAGGGAUGACCUGGUUAUUUGCUCGACGCUGAGUCUGGGGAAUAUUCUUCGACGAGAGCACCACGCAGUGUCACUCGUGGAAGCUCCUAUCUCCAUUGUCCCCGAUCUCCUCUCCAUGUUGAAGCCCGACUCUGACAUCAAGGUCAAACACGGCGUCGUAGGACUACUGAAACAGUUAUCACACACACCACGGGUCAGACCUUCACUAGGGAAGGCCGGUGUGUUGCAAAAGCUCGCACAGUCCCAGGUGUGGGGAGAGAAGUCCGAUAUUGCAGAGAUUGUAGAGGCCUCUGCUAUUGGUGUAGCGAAGCAUUUGUGUACUGCCAAUGCGGAGAAUGCCUGCCAUCUUGUACUCUCCAGCGAAGGGAUAAGUCCUGAAGAGACUGGUGCUAAGCAAAUACUGGCUUUAAUACGGCGCUCGGACACGAUAGCAGUGAAGAGUGAAGGCACUCGUGUUUUCGUGCAAGUCAUCAAGAGCCUCUGGUCCACCGAGGGAGGCUCAGGCGAGAUGACAGAGCGGAAACAAGAAGCUAGAACGGCUCUGAUAAAUCCCGACGUGGCUGCCGCCCUCGCACAACUUAUCGGACGGAGUAGAAAAUAUCCCAUAUUGAUCAACGAAGGGGUGGUGGCGCUGACGUUGCUCAGCAUGUUCCCCGGAGGUGGCAAGAUCGUGCUUGAUGCCCUCUUGAAUCCUCUACCGCAGGAGGUCAAUCCUCGCCAGUCUUUUGCGGCGAAAUCGCUCCCUUCGUCGUCGUCAAACCCGACUUCAGCAUCGACCACGAGCGCUGCAUCAUCUCCUGCAGCGGGAGGGCCCACACGUGCACUAGACAUGCUCGUUACGGUGUUGAAAACUCCUGAGAGUCUCCCCCUUAUACCCGUGGAGGUGCGCGCAAACAUUUGCUCGUUACUCGGGCAGCUGGGCAAAAAAGGAAAAGUGAGUGAGGAGGACGACAGGACGGCAGAUGUAGAGCGGGUUAAGUCUGCUACUAGAGAGAUCCUGGAGUCGCUUGCGCGGACAUCUGCCGCGGAGGGAACCAGUGAGAAAACUGGCGGGAUUGUGGGUACGGCGGCGAGAAAGGCUCUGGAUGCAUGGGCGGAGGGCCCUUCGAAUUCAUGAUAUUGUAUACAUUUCUUUUCUUGGAUUAGAGGCUGUAUAUCGUUGGCUUUCUUCGUCUGUGCUACGACCUCAUACCCAACUCAUUCAAUCUGGGGCUGUAUACUGUAGUGUGGCUCCCAUUCCCAUUGGCCAAUGAUGAGCGUGG